AUGCGCCACUCAUUGGGUUCUCGGAGCUUUUCGGAGUAAGUUGGAUGCGCGUCCUCCUCACUCGCAUCCCAAAAGCACGUCGAACCUGUGACGAUGGGGAAGCUCAGGAAAAACCGCUUUGGAAUGUUGAUCUUUUCGUUAUUUUUUACUUUUAUCUGCUGUGCGCAAAGCGCCAAAGAUCUGAGGGAUCCCAGUAAUAUGCCGCUGGUUAAAGACACGGUCGACAGAUUGAUGAAAGGCUACGACAUUCGGUUAAGGCCAGAUUUCGGAGGUGCGCCGGUGGCAGUGGGGAUGAAUAUAGAUAUUGCCAGCAUAGACAUGGUGUCUGAAGUCAAUAUGGACUACACGUUGACCAUGUACUUCCAGCAGGCCUGGCGGGACAAGCGUCUGUCCUACUCUGAGAUAGCCCUCAACCUGACGCUGGAUAACAGGGUAGCUGACUCGCUCUGGGUUCCCGACACCUAUUUCCUCAAUGAUAAAAAGUCCUUCGUCCACGGCGUCACGGUCAAGAACAGAAUGAUUCGACUGCAUCCGGACGGCACUGUGCUCUAUGGACUCCGGAUCACAACCACAGCAGCCUGUAUGAUGGAUCUGAGGCGGUAUCCUCUGGAUGAACAGAACUGUACACUAGAGAUCGAGAGCUAUGGAUACACCACUGAUGACAUUGAGUUCUACUGGCGAGGGGGAGAUGGAGCUGUGUCUGGGGUGGAGAGAAUAGAGCUGCCUCAGUUCUCCAUCGUGGACUACAAACUGGUCUCCAAGAAUGUGGUCUUCUCUACAGGUUCCUAUCCCCGCCUGUCUCUGAGCUUCAAGCUAAAGAGGAACAUCGGCUACUUUAUCCUCCAGACCUACAUGCCCUCUAUCCUGAUCACCAUCCUGUCUUGGGUCUCCUUCUGGAUCAACUAUGAUGCCUCCGCUGCCAGAGUGGCCCUGGGUAUCACUACGGUGUUGACCAUGACCACCAUCAACACCCAUCUGAGAGAGACUCUUCCUAAGAUCCCCUACGUCAAGGCCAUAGACAUGUACCUGAUGGGCUGCUUUGUGUUCGUCUUCCUGGCCCUGCUGGAGUACGCCUUUGUCAACUACAUCUUCUUUGGACGGGGGCCCCAGAGGCAGAAGAGGGCCGCCGAGAAACUAGCCGUCGCCAACAACGAGAAACUCCGACCCGACCCCAAUAAGUGGAUGGUGGGAAAUGUAGUUCAGAGAGAUGAUGCUCUGUAUGCCAGAAUGAAACAGAGGGAAAUUGACGCGUAUGACACGAUGUGGGAUCCCAUCUUUGUGGACGAUGCCGCAUUAGGACUAGGCGAGCAAAGAAAUAAGAUGACCACCUCCCUGACUGAUGACAACAUCCUGUUUGGUUCCCUGGAGAUGAAGAACGAGAUGGGGGGUGUUCCUCCUGAGCUGUCCAGGUCCCUGGGCCCUGGGGGUCUGGGUGACCCCCGCAACACCAUGCUGGCCUACGACAGCUCCACGCUGCAGUACCGUAGGGCCGCCAUGGCCCGCCAGAACUACGGCGGCGGACCCCACAGCGCCCUGGAGCGCCACGCCACCCAGAAGAAGUCCCGCCUACGGAGACGGGCCUCGCAGCUCAAGGUCAACAUCCCUGACCUGGCUGAUGUGAACUCUAUCGACAAGUGGUCCAGGAUGAUCUUCCCUACCGUGUUCUCCUUCUUUAACGUGAUCUACUGGCUCUACUACGCUCACUAAGGAGAGAUGAAUGGAGGGAUAUCAUGGAUGAGAGAGAGAGAGAGAGAGAGAGAGAGAGAGAGAGAGAGAGAGAGAAACAGCACACCUAUUAUUUUGCUGAUUCAUUUUAAAGAAAUGUAAGGAAAAUGGUUUUGGAAGGAAGGAGCUCUAAACCCGGACACUUCUUCUACAGUCUGCUUCUAUCUGCCGUGACUCUUUUCUGAUCUGGGAAUAACCUCUAAUGACUGACUGACACUUCAACAGAGGAGAGGAGAGAUUUUAAAAAGACAAGACAGACAUGGUGCCUGUUCCUGAAGAAAUGUCCAUUUAUCACUCUAAUAUUUGUCAUUCGUAGCUUAACUCUCUGUGGAUCAAAUAUUUAUGCUUGUGUUUGCAUAUACUUUAAGGAUUUGUUUAGUUUUAGUCUAUGUAUUUCGUUCAUAGCCAAGCUAUCUGCAUCCAGGAAAGCUUUUCUCGAGGGUUUUAAAGGGGUUCAUCCUUGAUUAAACUAUAUUCCUGUAGUUAUUGUAAUACAAAAACAUUCUUUAAAAAGCAUGCUUCUAUUUCAUUUCUGCUGCAUCUCCAUCUUUAUCGAUGGAGCACAAAGCAUUUCAGUUUUUAACUAGUUGAGGUUUUUUCUUCUGUGUAGCAAACAGUGUCUGCAGAAUUCUUUUCACCCCCCUACUGUAGCUUAGGCUGAGCUUGGGGUUCAAUUGGGGACCAACAACAAUGGGCUACUGUAAGUGAUAGUACCGCAGAUGGUCAAUAGGGGGCACUCUUCUCUAUGGACAUUCCAAUGGGUCUUCAGUGUUGCCGUUUCUGUCCUGCCAAUUUGUGGGUUCAUGACCUUUAACCUAGAGAUUAUGACCCAUCAUCCAUUCUGGCCAUUGAAGUUCCCAUGAAGGUUUCAUAUGUAAAAGUGUGGUACGACCGUGGAUCUUGAAGCUCUAACCUGCCAAGUGUUUUUUGAUCUGACUUUGUUGUACUGACAGAAUCUAGUAGUCCAUCACAUCAAACUGCCCUGGUUUAAAGAGAGAGACAGUACUGUAUAACCCUUGCCUCUGCAUUGCCAGUGUGGGUGGCAUCAAGGGGAGAGAAUGGCUUUAUUUAUUUAUUACCCAGGGGGGUUCUUAUUUACAUUGCUGAUGGAUAUCAAGAGAGCUAAACCCAUCUUUCAUUGCAAUGAAAGUUGCUGCAUAAAUCUAGUAAUCCACAAUCAUAUCAAUAGAGUUUAUUGGUUCUAGAACUUUGACAUGUUCCAUUGUGAUUAGGUUUUAUGUUUUGAUGAAUUGUAGAUAUAAUGUUUUAAAAAUCAUGUUAUAAAGGACAUGGUCCAUUUUUAUAAACUAAAUAUUCAUGAAAAGCCAGAUGUAUAAAUAUUAUGAAUGAAUUAUAUAUUUAAAUGGGUCUGUUGUUGUUUUUUGCAGUCUAACUAACAGGUAAAAUGUACCGUGGCCGGAUUAUAAAAAGAAAAAAUCUUAAAUUCAUCGAAGGAAAAAAAAUAUAUAUAAUUUUUCCUGACACUUUACUUUGUACUUGGAGUUUUUUCUUUGUUUAUAUUUCUUAUUUUUUCCCAUUUCUUUCUACUUUUAAAAGCAGCUACUUGGCAGCAAGGAAACUGAAGCUCUACCACUACCAACUACCAGACACUAAUAAACCAUUAGUCUUUUUAUGCAUGGCUCAAAACCAUUUUUUUCUCUCCAGAAAUGACUGUGACAGGAAUCAACCCGAGGUGAAUCAACAACGUUACCACGACGCAUCAGGCAUAUUUUCUACAAAGUUCCUGUAAAUUCCAAUUGUAAUAUUUCAUAAUAAUGACUAAUGUAAAUAACUUGUGUAUUGAUUGUCAGCCAUUAUGAAGAUGUACCUAAAUUCAAUUAAAACUCAAUUCAGCCUA